CUAUGGCUCAUGAGGCCAUGAAUCCAUGAUCACAGAGAAAUGGAUAAGGUCGCUUCCCCCUCCCCCCUACAUCAUUCCCUUCGCUGCUACCCCCAUGCCGCAGACCUCCCGCCGCGAGGCGGCACACUACGAUAGCCUGCACGGGAGGCCCGCGUACUGCACGCCGGCGGACGAUGCCGCCUUUCACGCUACGGCCGCCGCCUGCACGUCCGCCCACAGGCCCACAUCUUCCCUGCUGUUCAACGACUGGAGGCCGCACUUUCUUCAGCCCCCAGCUCGCCGGCCGACGGAGAUGAACCUGCGAGGAAGCGCGUCAAGAUGGUGGGCACGCCCGUCGCGUCGAAGAUGGCGCCAGGGACCUCCGUGCGCGUGCGCCGGAGGGGCGCCAGGCUGCCAUGGAACCGAGGGCAAGGGCCCCUGCUGUGCAUCCUCGCGAGGAAGAGAACCAAGGUAGGAGAAGGGGUGACGGCGCCGGCGACCUCCGUGCGCGUGCGCCGGAUGGGCGCCCGGCUGCCACGGGUGCGCGUGCCUCGGCUCCGCUUGCACGCGAUGGGCAGAGGAGGGUGGUGGCUCCGCGCCGGGUCGACGCGCCGUUCCGGGCUGCGGAGGCACCGCGCAGAGGAGUCGCGCCAUCGAUGCCUGCCAUGAGGCGCCAGGAGGAAGUGCAGCAGCGUGGCGGGCAUGGGCAUAUUGCCACCCGCGCGGUGGCACCGGUGCGCGUGGGGGCUGACCGGGCUGUUGCACCAGUGCUACCGGCGGCCCGCCGCACAGGUGAUGUCAUGCGGCCCCGCAGGGGUGCGGACGAGCAGGUGGCGCCGCUAAACUUGCGCGCACCGGCGGUCGGAGGGGAGCUCGCGCGGCGCCCAGCGCGCGCGGUUUGCAUCGUGCCCCGUACGGCCGAGAUCGACCACGAAGACGAAGCACUCUCGAGGGCUUUGCUGGCUGUCAUCGUCGGCGUGCGACGGGCGGUCACCACAGAGGAGGUGGCCCACGCGCUGGAGGACGUCCACGGGCUGCCGCCGGCAAGCUUCUCCGUUCACUGCCACAGACCCGAGGACUUCCUCAUCUACUUCGCAUCGGCGGCGGACAAGGAUAGGGUGCUGGGUGAGGGCGUGCUGGAGUCGCUGUUCUUCCGGCUGCUCCUUCGGCCGUGGUCGCGGCGCACACACGCGCCCUCCGGCGGGCUCUGCGUGCACACUGAGCUCGAGAUUGAGGGCGUGCCGGCGAAUGCUUGGAGCCUCGCCACGGCGGAGGCCGUGCUCGCUCCGGCGGCUUGGGUGGAGCGCCUCCAUCCCCUAACGUGCAGCCGAGCCGACAUGGGGAUCUUCCGCCUCAGUGCAUGGAGCCUCGAUCCGGCGACGAUACCGCGGGAGGUUGACCUGCAUGUGGUUGAGCCGGACGACCCGCCGUCGUUGGAAGACAUAGCGGCGCCGACGCAGGCGGUGGUCCCGCCGCAUAUCAACACGCUGGCAUAUCCCCUCAUCGUGCACGUGACACGGACGACCGAUUUCCGUCGCUCGGCCCCGCGCGGCGAGGCUGACAGACGCGGGGAUGACGACGGUGGGCAGACGGCGGCGUGGCCGGCCAGGAGGCAGUACCAUUACACCAUUGGCGCGCCGGACUCGCUGCCUGGUGCGGGAGAUGGUGGCGGCGCUUCCUCGUCUGGCCAGGCUGGCGGUGGCGGGCGCGGGACCACUAGGACCCUGGCGUCCGGCGUGGUCGUCGGCGACCUAGACCAGCCCGCGUCGCGACUUGCGCAGAAGAAAAAGAGGAAGAGCAGAGGUGGGCGAAAGGUGAGGAGGCUGAAAGCGAUGGCACGGGCAGCUGAGAGCGCCGGCCGGCAAGACGAACAAGACCCUGACGCCAUGGCUCCGUUGGAGGAGGAUGGACCGGUCAAAAGCACAACCGCUGGCGUGGAAGGCGCGGCGGGAGCUGCAGGUGAGAGCGCCGCAAACGUAGGCGCCGUGGUGCUGGUGGGAUCGCUCGUGGUCCUGCCCGCCACUGCUGCCGCUGGCUGCCAGGGCUCUACCACGACCGCCGCAGCUGCGCGCCAAGGCCUGGUGACGACCGCGUUGGAGCCCCCUUCGGUCCAAGCUUCAACGCUGGAUUCUUGGGCAGGCCCGCUUGUUCCGCGGCCGCUGUUGGGCUUGGACGCCUUCACGGCCCAGGACCGAUCCACGGAGCCAGCGCGGGGAGAGGAAGCGAUUCAAACCGGGGUGCUGGGCUGGGCUGCUUGUCUGAGGCUGGGCCAGGUUCGACACUGGACCAAGACAGGGAUGUGGAUGCGCCUGCGGGGUUGGCUCCGAUCCUAGAGUUGACGAUGGGCACCACCUCCGACCCGCCGUCACAGGAGGUCGCCGGCGAGGUUGGCGCGGAGGAUGAGGUGGCUGAUGAGGAGAUUGUGGUGGAACAGCCCCUAGCGCGUGUCAUCCGCGACACAGGCGGGUUUACUGCAACACCUGCUCCGACUCCGUCCAUUUGCCGCUUUGCCUCGCCACCGUUGGUGUUUAACAGGUCCCGUCCUGCUGCUGCGUCUAGGCCACGGGAUGCCCCGGCUAGACCUAGGACGCUUGGCGAGUUCCUGAUGGCUGCGAAGUCCCGCUCGGAUGCCCUCAUGCAGACUCCGGCCGUGAGGCGCAGGUUGGUGGAGCUCAACUUCCAGCCACGCCGCAGCUCGAGGAUCGCAGGGCAACCAGGAGGACUGAGCUCGGAGAUGAAGGCGGUGUGAAAUCUGAUGCGCAAGCUCGGUCUUCUCGCUGGGGAUGAGGCGCCGUCAGAGGCUGCACUGGAAGCAUACCAUAAGAUGUACGAGCUACCCCUGACAGACGACAUGAUCGAGGCCAUUGCGGAGUUCUACGGGUGGACGUUGGGUACUAUCAGAGGCUGUUCCCCACCCUUGCUGGGGAUGUCGGGUGGUCUCCUCAUUGAGGUAUGACCCCGACAGGGUUAAUCGGGUGUUUCUUACAUAGUUCCGAUGUUGUACGAACCAAAGAUUUUGGUGGCCAAUGUGCGAGGCCUCAAUGAUCGCGCACGGCGUUCAGGUGUUAGGAGUGUUGUGGCUACUACGGGUGCGUCUAUUGUAUGUCUUCAGGAGACAAAGCUAUCGGUUGUAACUCUUUCCAUUGUCAUGGAAACGCUUGGCGCGGACUUUGAUGCUUACUUCUGCUUGUCGGCUGUUGGGACGAGAGGUGGGGUGAUUGUUGCGUGGGUGAGCAGGUUGGUGCAGCUGGAUAGCGCCCACUACGGUGACAACAGCAUCACCGCUAGGGUGUCCCCCAUUGGGACGGUCCAUGGUGGUGGUUGACGUGUGUCUAUGGCCCACAGGUUGAGGCUGACAAGGUCGCCUUCCUCGCAAAGCUCCGCGACAUUCGCGGAAUCCACCAGGGCCCUGGGCUAUCUGCGGGGACUUCAACAUGAUCUACCGCGAUGAGGACAAGAACAAUGGGAACCUGAACCGCAGGAUGAUGGGCCGAUUUCGCUGCUUUCUGAACGACUGCGAGUUGAAAGAGAUCUACCUGCACGGGCGCCGCUACACUUGGUCGAAUGAGAGGGACACACCCACUCUCGUCCGGUUGGAUCGGGUGUUUACCACGUUGGCCUGGGAGGAGAUGUUCGGUAGCUGCAUGUUGCGCUGCCUGGGACGGUAGUGGCAGAUCAUUGCCCUCUCCUCCUGGACUGUACCUCAAAACCCGCAGGGCGAAAAGGUUUCAGCUUGAACGGUUCUGGCUAAGGUUGGAUGGGUUCAGUGAGGUGGUGCAGAACAGUUGGGAUGUGGUGGAUGGAGACCCGGACCCUUUCUGGCGGCUCACCGCUAAGCUCAAACGGAUGGCGCGCAGCCUUAUGAGCUGGAGCGAUAAGAAGGUUGGUUCGGUCAAGCUGUAGCUGAUGUUAGCGCGGGAGGUUGUGCUGAGGUUGGACAUCGCCAUGGAAUCGCGACUGCUAUCUCCGGAUGAACCUCGACUCCGGGCCCACCUAAAGCACGCCUACUUGGGUCUAGCCUCCCUUGAGCGCACUAUGGCCCGGCAGAGGGCUAAGAUCGCUUGGCUGAGAGAGGGCGACGCCAACACAUCAUUCUUCCACCAGCAUGCGGCUUAUAGGCGCCAGAAGAACGUGAUCCACAACCUUCAGGCAGAUGGCGCGGUCAUUUCUGACCAUGCGGCCAUGGCUGAAGCGACCUUUACGCACUUUGAGGGUCUGCUCGGGACAUUGGUAGACCGGUUGCACUCGCUGGACUUGGACUUUCUGGGCACUCACUCAGAAGACCUCUCCGAGCUUGAGGCUGCGUUCACUGAGGAUGAGAUCCGGGAGGUGAUUAGGCGCUUGCCGCCGGGCAAAGCGCCAGGCCCGGAUGGAUUCACGGCCGAAUUCCUGCAGAAAUGCUGGAGCACGGUCAAAGGUGAUUUCAUGGCAACGUUCGACAAGUUGUUCACGAUGUGUGGGCGCGGGUUUCAAGGCCUGAACCAGGCACUGAUGAUACUGCUGCCUAAGUGCCCGGAUGCGGCGGCGCUGGGUGACUACAGGCCGAUUAGUCUGAUCCACAUCUUCGCCAAGCUGGUGGCAAAGACGAUGGCUUCUCGGCUAGCACCUAGGAUGGAGUCGCUGGUGGAUCGUAACCAAUGUGCGUUCAUCCGCAAACGGUGCAUCUAUGACAACUUUAUGUUGGUACAGCAGACAGCUAGAUUCCUACACGGACGAAAAGAGCCGCGGGUGAUGCUCAAGCUGGAUAUCGCUCAUGCGUUCGACUCGGUCUCGUGGGGGUUCCUCAUGGAGAUCCUUCGCAAGAUCGGGUUUGGCCCUAGGUUCCGCGAGGUGGUGUCCAUUUUUCUAUCCACGGCAAGUACCAGGGUGAUGCUCAAUGGCGAGCCAGGCCCCCCCAUCUGGCAUAGGAGGGGUCUGAGACAAGGGGACCCCCUGUCGUGAUCGUUGUUCGUCUUGAUGAUGAUCUCGCUUAACAGGUUGCUGGCCAAGGCCAUUGAGUUGGGUAUCCUGAGGCGUCUGGCUCGGCGGGACUUGGUAACAUCGGUGUCGCUAUACACGGAUGAUGUGGUGAUCUUCUGCCACCCAGAUGAGACGGAAUUGCGUGCCGUCCGCGGCAUUGUAGAUCUCUUUGGGCAGGCAUCAGGACUACGAACCAACUUCGCCAAGUGCUCGGUCUCCCCGAUUGCCUGCUCGGACGAAGAGGCUGUUGGCGCCGCUGAGCUCAUGGAGUGCCAGCUGGCGCCGUUCCCGGUGAAGUACCUCGGCAUCCCGCUCUCCAUCAGGAGGCUGUCGGCUGUAUCUUUCCAGCCCCUGGUGGACCAGCUCGCCGACAAACUUCCCACUUGGCGGGCAUCCAUGAUGCCAAGGGCGGGGCGUUUGGCGCUGAUACGCGCGGUCCUUGCGGCUAUUCCCCUGCAUCAGCUUAUGGUGUUGGGGCUGGACAAGAGGACGCUGAAGCAGGUCAACAAGAUCCUGCGCGGCUUUCUCUGGGCUGGGAGGACGGAUGCCAAUGGCGGUCACUGCCACGUCAACUGGUCCCGGGUCUGCCGGCCGCCUCGGCUGGGUGGUCUGGGAAUCCCCGACUUGGCACGCACCGCGAUCAGUCUGAGGGUGCUAUGGAUUUGGAGGAUGCGUACAGACCCCACGCGGCCGUGGCGUGGGCUCGACAUGCAGUUCUCGAAGGUGGAGCUUGAUGUCUUCAUGGCCUCCACUUUUAUGGAGGUUGGCAAUGGGGAAUCCGCUCUCUUCUGGGAGGACAAAUGGUUGGAUGGCAGGUCCAUCAAGGAGAUGGCGCCGGAGGUGUAUGCGCUGGUACCUAAACGCCACCGAAAGGCGCGUACGGUUCGGGAAGCGCUGGUUGAUCGCGCUUGGAUCCCUGACAUUGCCGGAGCGCCGAGUGCCCUGGCUCUGUGGUAGUAUGUACAACUCUGGGGAAGACUCAAGGAUGUUCAACUGUCGACGGAGCACGAUAGGAUGAUAUGGCGCUGGACGAUGGAUGGCUAGUACACUUCUCGUUCUUGCUAUGACACCCUCUUUCAGGGGGCCAUCACCUCAGGGUCGUGGGAGCUGAACUGGAAAUCCUGGGCGCCGCCAAGAGUGAAGUUCUUUAUCUGGUUGGCCUGCUUGGAUAGGUGCUGGACGGGUGAGAGGCUGGCGCGACGGGGCCUGCCGCAUGCGCCUAGAUGCCCGCUGUGCGACCAGGCUGUGGAGACCAUGACACACCUGCUCACCGGGUGCUCGUUCUCCAGGGUGGUGUGGUACGAGGUCCUCUCGUGGAUCCGAUCAACCUCAGGGCCUCCCACGAUUGAGGGCGACUUCGCGGACUGGUGGUCGCUGGUGGUGCGGACCGCCCCUUGCCAGCUGCGCAAAGGCACUUCGUCGAUGAUCAUGCUUACGGCGUGGUGGAUAUGGAAACACAGGAAUGCUGCAGUCUUCGACAACGCACUUCCCUCGGUGACGUCCCGAUUCAACGACAUUAGGUCUGAGGCGCGUCAGUGGGCGGACGCGGGUAAACGCCAGCUCCUCCCUAGAUUAGUUUCUUCUCUUGGGUUGAGUUGUAAGGCGUGGUGUGUGUGCCCUCUCGGGGGUUUGUACAUAUAACCUUCUUUCUAUCAAUGCAUCGAAACGCAAUGCUUUUGCGUUUUCGAAAAAAGAAUGGAAGUGCUAGCAAGACAUGCAAAGUUCAAGAUGCAGAUGUCUGUUAAUCACCGCGUGUGGCAGAGCACUAGAAGAGAGGACGGAGGAGUGGAGAUCGAAGGGAGCAGUCAGGAGGCAGAAAGAAAAGUAGGGAGGUGGUGCCGAGGGUGGGGUAUGAAGGGAAAGAGAGAAAUGGCAUGCCGAGGAAAGACGAGUGGCACAAAUAUUUGAGCCAUCUCCAGCUGGGAAUCGGCUCCUAACUCUACGAAAGGAACAAGUCUGCACAUGAAGUUUAUCUAAGAUAUUACAGGCCAGAGGUAAAAAAUGAAGAUAAUACGAGGCCAAAGGUACAAUGGUCUACUAAGAAAUAUGUAUUGUUAAUCAUGCACAAUGAGGAACAUUAAUUUAUACCCCCCGUCCAUAAUCAGAUGAAAAGGAUCAGCCACAUUCCGUAGUAUCAUCAUGUCAUUUGUCACUGAACCAGACUCAGUUGAAUGCAGAGCAGGUGUAGAUGCAACUAUCUUCCCGGGGCAACAACUUUGUACAACAUACAGAGGUGGCUCUGACAGAUGAAGUCUUUGAGGAGGCACGAUCAUGUGAAAAUGAACAAGAGCUACUUUUUUACAACCCCGAUUGUGCUUCAUCUCGUUUGCUCGCUUGUAUGCGUUGAAUUGGGACUCAAAGUAUGCAUCUUGAGGUAGUUCUCCGUAGUGGAGCAGAGGCCACAAAAUGCUAUUCGAGUAACUGUUGUGAUACUCUUGAACAAUAUCUUGGCCUAAGAAUACGGACACGCAUCCCUGUUUUAUGCUUAAGCACACUUAGCAUGCGAUUUAUCACCACAAAGGAGUACUAUACUGUAUUGAAUCACUGUUAAGAGCAUCCACAACAGGGUGCUUACACACAUGCGCUAGGGAUUAAAUCACAGGCCGUUUUGCCCAUUGCUGGUCGUUUUGCUGAUGCGAGGAAAACGACCACGAAUUGGGCAAAACUGUUGGGUUUUAAUCUCUAUCGCUUGUGUGUAAGCGUCCUAUUGUGGAUGCCCUUACAAUUUAUUCAAUAUGGUAUAGUACUCCUUUGUCAUGAUAAAUUGCAUGUUUAAGUGUGCUUAAGUAUAAAAUAGGAAUGUGGGUCCGUAUUCCCAGGCGAAGAUAUUGUUCAUGAGUACCACAACGGUUACUCGAAUAACAUUUCGUGGCCUCUACUCCACUACAGAGAAUUACCAUAAGAUGCAUACUUCAAAUCCCAGUUCAACGCAUACAACGAGCAAACCAGAUAUUCGCCGAUGUUGUAUACCAGCACAACAAGUCAAGUGAUGUUAUAUGGGCACAUGAUUAUCAGCUCAUGUGGUUUCCGAAAUGUAUAAGGAAAAAGGCAUCAACAUCAAGGUCGGGUGGUUUAGUCACACCCCUUCCCCAGCAUGGAGAUGUUCUGGAUGCUGCCACACCGCACAGAGCUGCUUCGCUCACUACUUUCUGCUGAUUUAGUCGGUAACAUCUAGGAAAUGCUUUCUUUACACACGCUAAAGAAAAGACGUUAUGAAUCAGUUGUUUCAUCGGAUAAGUCCCGGCGCCAGGGACGCACACCUGCCCGGCCCCUGACCCUGUGAGGACGUCCACGUUGUCCAGCCAGUGGAGCACGGCCAGCAUGGCGUCGUGCGGCUGCUCCAUCCAGUCUCGCCUCAUUCUCCUCCUCCGGCGGAAGGGCCUCCAGCUCCAGGAAAACAAAAGGCGUGGCCGUGGCCAUCGUGUUGUGCCGUGUGCAGGAGGCAGGCAGCGUGGACGGGAAUGAGUGAGUGACCGUCUCGUCUCCAGUGCGCGCGUCGGCUGAAUUCAAGGUAAUCUGCAUCGCAUUUUCUGAUCUGAUUUCUGGAAGAAACCUGACUAACGCAGAACACCAUGAGGCACUCGCGGGGCUGUGCCAGGCCUUCUGCGGCGAGGGCGCCACGACAGCGUCCUGUCCCUCGCCGCCGACGCGGCGCCUCCGCUGAGGAGCCUUCGGAUCAUCUCCGGCGACAUGAUCGUCGACAAUAGGCUCAAGCUCACGGUCACAAAGUUCACUCUGAGCUGGAGCUGUGCACGGGGACGUGCGAGACCAUCGGCACCGCCUGCCCUCUCCUGAAGCGCCUCCGUCUGAACAGUAAACAGUUCUUCAUAUGGUACACUGAGAAUGUUGACCGAGAAGCCAUGAGGAUCGCCACCAUGCGACGGCUCCCCUCGCUCCAGCUCUUCGCGAAGCCUCUCAGUCUCAGCAACCACGGUCCAUCCUCAACGGGUGCGCGCGGCUGGAGUCUCUUGACGUCCACCACUGUUUCAGUGUGGUGAUGGGUGGUGGCGCGACCCGUGGAACAUGCCGGAGUACGUCCACUGGGACGAGCUGGUCUGCUUUGGUGAACAAACCUUGUGUUGUCUAGGCUUUAGGUUCCUAAUUUCAGCCAUGGCAGAAGUCUGCGCACUGACUGACCAUGUGCAGUUUCAGUUAAGCUCAGUUAGCCGGAUAACUGCUUUGCGCACAGAUUUUCAGUCAGCUGGAUAUAUAAGCGAGCUAGGUGUAAGUCCACGCCCUGCACGAUUUGGUUGUUCGAUA